AUGGAUGAAGAGAAACCAAUCAUUGCUAUAAAAAAAUUUGAUUUCCCUAAACCAAAUAUAAAAUGGCUAUAUAAUCCAUUAGCAAUAGUAUUGUAUUCAUUUGCAUUUAAUUUGGCUGAUGCAAUAUUAUAUACAAAAUUAUCAAAACAUUAUAAAUAUGUAAAUUUUAUACCAAUUUGUUGUAUAUUUUCAGAUUUAUUUAUAUUUUUAAUUAUAAUUUAUCAAAAAUUUUUACAUAACAAAGUUCAAAUAAAUUCAAAAUGGAAAUUAAAUUUAUAUUGGUUUAUUGAUAAAGUUUUGAAAAAACUUGUAUGGUUAUUUUUAUUAAUAAUGUGUAUUUUAAAUGUUGUUAAAUUAUCAUCUGGUAAAGCUUCAAAUCCUUUAGAUUUAGAUCUUAAUGAAGUUAAAGUAAUAAAUUUAAAUACAUCUCAAAGAAUUAGUUAUUUAAUUAUCUGUUUAAUUGGAUUAUUAUUUAAUUGUGCUUUAUUAAGUAUAUGGUGGUCAACAAAUAUUUCAUCAGUUUAUUUAUUAUUUGCAAGUUGUAAUUUUAUUCAAAUUUUGAUUAGUAUAAGUAUUAUACAGAUUAAUAUUGAUAUAAUUAAUCUUUCUUAUGAUGGUACAGCAAAAAGAAUACAUAAUUUAUUCAUACUAAGUAGUUCAUUUAUGAUUGGACUAAGUAUAAUGGGAUGUUCCAUUACUUUAUUAGUAAAUGAUAGAAAUAGAUUAAAUGAAAUAAUUGGAAGAUUAAUUUUUGCUUAUGAUUUAUUACUUUGCUUUUUAGGGUUAUUAUUUAUUGCAUGUACUGCUUUAUCAAGUGUUAAAUUUGAUUAUCAACCAUUAGAAGGAUUAAAUGAAAUUCCAAUAAGUUUACCAAUUUUAUAUGGUUGUUCAGUAGGAAUUCUAAUAUUGGAAUUUUUUUGUACGAGAUUUUUUAGAUUAAGAACUUUAACAAAUCAUUAUGAAGUUGAAGAAUAUGAUUUACAUAAAUUAAGUGAUCAUCAAAAACAAGGUUGGGCUAGACUAAUAGAUUUAAAUAAAAAAUAUAAUGCUGGAAUAUCAGGUGAAAAUGUUAUUUCAUUAAUGGAAAAUUAUAUUCAUGCUGAUUUACCAGGUAUGAAAUGUAAAGUUUUAAGAGUUUUUAACAAAGUUGAGAAACCACCACCACAACAAAAGGAAACCUUGGAAGUUACUAAAACUAAUAAUACUGCUUAUACAAUAAAUCAUCAAAAUCAAAAGGAAAAAAUGAAUAGAGCAUUUGAAGAUUUGGAUCAAGAAUCAUUAUUAUUUUUAAACGCUCCUACAUUAAUUGAUGGUGAUGUUUCAAUUCAAAGUUUAGAAGAUGAAUUUAAACCAUUAAGUAAAAACCAGCUAAAAAAAUUGGCAAAAAAGGGUAAACAAGCUAAACAUGCAAUGGAAAUACAAUUACUUGAAGAUAAUACUGAAGAAUUUUAUCAAGAAUUAACAAAUACUCAAGCUUUGGUUUUAUUGACUAUAGUUGAAGAAUUUGAUUUAAGUGAAAGAAUUCCUGGUUGGAUAGGUAAACAACUUCAUAAAAUGUUUGGUAAAAAUUCAAAACUUCCCUUGCUUUGUAUAAAAUUUGGAUUAUUAGGUUUCCAUUGGCCAUUUAGAAGAUCAACUUUUUAUUGUUCAAGUACUAAAAAACCUAUUGCAAGAAGUGCAAGUGUAUUAUAUGCCAUAUCGGAAUGGAAUAAAACAAAUGAAAAAUGCACUGUAUUAUUAGAUCCAACUUAUAAAGAUGCAACUUUUGAAGCAGGUGUUGAUUAUUCAGGUUGGAUUAAAAUUAAUUUACCAAAUAGUCAUAUAAUUGAUUUAAGACCAUAUCAUAAUCAAACAAGUACUGAUUUUUUUAAAGCUAUAAAAUAUAGAAAUCAAGAAAAUGCUUUUAAACAAGCUUCUGGUGUUGUCGAUGAAACAAAUACUUUUAAUUUUGAAAAUUGUCAAGAAGUUAUUAUAAUGAAUGAUCAUAUUGCAAAUUCAAGACAAUCAAAUGGACAAUCAUCACAACUAUUAAAACCUGAUUGGGAAUUUAUUUAUAAUUUGGGUAAUUACCUGAAUGACCAACACUAUAGAUCAUUAUUAUUUUUAAAAGUUGGUGAUGAAAUAAUUGCUUCGUGUGUUAUUUUUAGGUUAGGUGAAACAAUGACUUCAGAUAUUCAAGGUUUAAAUCAUGAAAUAAGUAAAAAAUAUAAAGCUUACUUUGUAAUGAUGCAAGAAGUUAUUAAAAUUGGUAUGAAAGAAAAUGUUUCAUUUAUUGAUUUUGGUCCAACUACUGAAGAAGCUAAAGUUGCUAUUGGUUGUAAUGUUGUUCCUUUAACUGGAUCAAUUUUCCCAAAUAAUAAAUGUUUGGGUCCAAUUAUAAAAUUUGCUGCAAGUAAAGUAGAUGUAUAA